GAAACAUCAACUGAAAUCACUGAACAAGAAACAGAAUUUUCUGAGAAUGCCACUUCAGAGGAAAUUGGCGAAACAACUGGAAGAAAUCAAGUGAACGAAACGGAAACUCCAAAAAAUGGUCAACCUAAAGGUCAAAUUAUUCCUAAUGAAAUAUCAACUCAACAACCAGGAGAUGAAACUGAAACUCCUGAACAUAAAACGCCCAAAAAAAUUAUUGGCGUAACUCUAAUUUCUGCAAAUGGAAAACCCAGCGAUCGAAGUCAUCCUGAAAAAACAUCAACCCAAACAACUGGAGAAGACACGGAAACUUCUGAGAAUGUCACUUCCGAAGAAAUUAGCGAAACAACUGAAAGGAGUCCAGUAGACGAAACUCAAACUUCAGAAAGUGGUCAAUCAUAUCAAACUAAUCAUGAUAGAAUAUCAACUCAAAAACCGAGAAAUGAACCUAAAAUUUCUGAAAAGAAAAAAACCCCAGUUGACGUAACCCAGAUUUCCGAAAAUGAACAAACAAGAGAUCAGAGUAAUCCUGAAGAAACACCAACUGUAACAUCUGAGGAAGACACCGAAACUUCUGAGAAUGUCACUUCAGAAGGAAUCAGUGAACCGACAGAAACGAAUCCAGUAGACGAAAUUCAAACUUCAGAGGCUGGUCAAGCAGGGGGUCAAACUAAUCCUGAAACUGAAAUUCCUCAACAGACAACACAAAAAAGUGCAGUUGACGUAACUCAAAUUUCCGGAGAUGUACAACCAUGGGAUCGGAAUAAUCCUGAAGGAACAUCAACUGAAAUCACUGAAGAAGAAACAGAAAUUUCUGAGAAUGCCUCUUCAGAUGAAAUUGGCGAAACAAUGGAAAGAAACCCAGUGGACAGAACUCAUACUUCAGAAAAUGGUCGACCUGAAGGUCAAACUAAUCCUGAUGAAAUAUCAACUCAACAACCAGGAGAUAAAACUGAAAUUCCCGAACAUAAAACGCACAAAAAAAUUAUUGGCGUAACUCUAAUUUCUGAAAAUGGAAAACCCAGCGAUCGAAGUCAUCCCGAAAAAACAUCAACUCAAACAACUGGAGAAGACACGGAAACUUCUGAGAAUGUCACUUCAGAAGAAAUUAGCGAAACAACAGAAAGCAGUCCAGUAGACGGAACUCAAACUCCAGAAAGUGGUCAAUCAUAUCAAACUAAUCAUUAUAGAAUAUCAACUCAAAAACCGGAAAAUGAUCCUGAAAUUUCUGAAAAGAAAAGGACCCCAGUUGACGCAACCCAGAUUUCCGAAAAUGAACAAACAAGAGAUCAGAGUAAUCCUGAAGAAACAUCAACUGUAACAUCUGAGGAAGACACCGAAACUUCUGAGAAUGUCAGUUCAGAAAGAAUUAGCGAACCAACGAAAACGAAUCCAGUAGACGAAAUUCAAACUUCAGACAUAGGUCAACCAGGAGAUCAAAGUAAUCCUGAAACUGAAAUUCCUCAACAGACAACUCAAAGAACUGCAGUUGACGUAACUCAAAUUUCCGGAGAUGGACAACGAGGGGAUCGGAAUAAUCCUGAAGGAACAUCAACUGAAAUCACUGAAGAAGAAACAGAAAUUUCUGAGAAUGCCACUUCAGAUGAAAUUAGCGAAACAACGGAAAGAAACCCAGUGGACAGAACUCAAACUUCAGAAAAUGGUCAACCUGAAGGUCAAACUAAUCCUGAUGAAGUAUCAACUCAACAACCAGGAGAUGAAACUGAAAUUCCCGAACAUAAAACGCCCAAAAAAAUUAUUGGCGUAACUUUUAUUUCUGAAAAUAGAAAACCCGGCGAUCGAAGUCAUCCUGAAAAAACAACAACUCAAACAAAUGGAGAAGACACGGAAACUUCUGAGAAUGUCACUUCGGAAGAAAUUAGCGAAACAACUGAAAGGAGUCCAGUAGACGAAACUCAAACUUCAGAAAGUGGUCAAUCAUAUCAAACUAAUCAUGAUAGAAUAUCAACUCAAAAACCGAGAAAUGAACCUGAAAUUUCUGAAGAGAAAAGGACCCCAGUUGACGUAACCCAGAUUUCCGAAAAUGAACAAACAAGAGAUCAGAAUAAUCCUGAAGAAACAUCAACUGUAACAUCUGAGGAAGACACCGAAACUUCUGAGAAUGUCACUUCAGAAGGAAUUGGCGAAUCAACGAAAACGAAUCCAGUAGACGAAAUUCAAACUUCAGAGACUGGUCAACCAGGGGGUCAAACUAAUCCUGAAACUGAAAUUCCUCAACAGACAACGCAGAAAAGUGCAGUUGACGUAACUCAAAUUUCCGGAGAUGGACAACCAGGGGAUCGGAAUAAUCCUGAAGAAACAUCAACUGAAAUCACUGAAGAAGAAACAGAAAUUUCUGAGAAUGCCACUUCAGAUGAAAUUGGCAAAACAACUGAAAGAAAUCAAGUGAACGGAACGGAAACUAAAAAAAAUGGUCAACCUGAAGGUCAAACUAAUCAUAAUAAAAUAUCAACUCAAAAACCGGGAAAUGAACCUGUCAUUUCUGAAGACAAAAGGACUCCAGUUGACGUAACUCAGAUUUCCGAAAAUGAACAAACAAGAGAUCAGAGUAAUCCUGAAAAAACAUCAACGGUAACAUCUGAGGAAGACACCGAAACUUCUGAGAAUGUCACUUCAGAAAGAAUUAGCGAACCAACGAAAACGAAUCCAGUAGACAAAAUUCAAACUUCAGACAUAGGUCAACCAGGAGGUCAAAGUAAUCCUGAAACUGAAAUUCCUCAACAGACAACUCAAAGAACUGCAGUUGACGUAACUCAAAUUUCCGGAGAUGGACAACGAGGGGAUCGGAAUAAUCCUGAAGGUACAUCAACUGAAAUCACUGAAGAAAAAACAGAAAUUUCUGAGAAUGCCACUUCAGAUGAAAUUGGCGAAACAACGGAAAGAAACCCAGUGGACAGAACUCAAACUUCAGAAAAUGGUCAACCUGAAGGUCAAACUAAUCCUGAUGAAGUAUCAACUCAACAACCAGGAGAUGAAACUGAAAUUCCCAAACAUAAAACGCCCAAAAAAAUUAUUGGCGUAACUUUUAUUUCUGAAAAUAGAAAACCCGGCGAUCGAAGUCAUCCUGAAAAAACAACAACUCAAACAAAUGGAGAAGACACGGAAACUUCUGAGAAUGUCACUUCGGAAGAAAUUAGCGAAACAACUGAAAAGAGUCCAGUAGACGAAACUCAAACUUCAGAAAGUGGUCAAUCAUAUCAAACUAAUCAUGAUAGAAUAUCAACUCAAAAACCGGGAAAUGAACCUGACAUUUCUGAAGAGAAAAGGACUUCAGUUGACGUAGCUCAGAUUUCCGAAAAUGAACAAACAAGAGAUCAGAGUAAUCCUGAAGAAACAUCAACUGUUACAUCCGAGGAAGACACAGAAAUUUCUGAGAAUGUCACUUCAGAAGGAAUUAGCGAACCAACGAAAACGAAUCCAGUAGAUAAAAUUCAAACUUCAGUAAAUGGUCAACCAAAUGGUCAAACUAAUCCGGAAACUGAAAUUCCUCAACAGACAACACAAAAAACUGCAGUUGACGUAACUCAAAUUUUCGGAGAUGGACAACCAGGGGAUCGGAACAAUCCUGAAGAAACAUCAACUGAAAUCACUGAAGAAGAAACAGAAAUUUUUGAGAAUGCCACUUCAGAUGAAAUUGGCGAAACAACAGAAAGAAACCCAGUGGACAGAACUCAAACUUCAGAAAAUGGUCAACCUGAAGGUCAAACUAAUCCUAAUGGAAUAUCAACUCAAAAACAAGGAGAUGAAACUGAAAUUCCUGAACAUAAAACGCCCAAAAAAAUUAUUGGCGUAACUCUGAUUUCUGAAAAUGGAAAACCUGGCGAUCAAAGUCAUCGUGAAAAAACAUCAACUGAAACAACUGGAGAAGACACAGAAACUUCUGAGAAUGUCACUUCAGCAGAAAUUAGCGAAACAACUGAAAGGAGUCCGGUAGACGAAACUCAAACUAAUCAUGAUACAAUAUCAACUCAAAAACCGGGAAAUGAACCUGACAUUUCUGAAGAAACAGCAACUGGAACAACUGGAGAAGUCAUGGAAACUUCUGAGAAUGUUACUUCAGAAGAAAUUAAAGAAACAAUCAAAAGGAGUCCAGUGGACGAAACUUCAGAAAAUGGUCAAUCAGUAUAUCAAACUAAUCAUGAUGGAAAAUCUACUCAAAAACCAGGAAAUCAACCUGAUAUUCCUGAAGAGAAAACAAAAAGGUCUCCAACUGACGUAACUCAUAUUUCCGAAAAGAAACAAACAGAAGAUCAGAGUAAUCCUAAAGAAACAUCUACUGAUGAUCAAAAUUCUGAAGAGGCAACACGAAGAUAUCCAAAGAAUACUGGAUAUGGGAAGACAACGGCUAAGUAUUCAAUAGAUGGCAAUAAAACAUCGGAUACAACAAAUUCAGGAGCCAAUACAGUGGAUAAUGAAACAAGCAUCGUGAGCUCAACAGAUGAUAUUAAGACAUCAGAAAAUAUCAAAUCGGUGGACCAGACCAAGGAGAAAGGGGCGACUACUAAAAAUCCAACAGAUAUCAAUGGAAUUUCAGAGACUAUGGAAUCAGCAGAUGAAACCACAGAAGAAUAUCCAGAUGACGCCACUGUUGAAACCGAAGGGAAAUCCGCUACAAUAUGUCAAACACAUUCAGAUCGACCAUGUUUUGAAGAAGGUUUUUUCCGUCUCAAUCAAUCAUGCACCCAACAUUACGAAUGUUACUACAGUAAAAAGUGUGGAAAAAUUAUUUCGUCAGGAGUCUACGAGUGUCCAAAUUGUCUAAAAUUCAAUGCUAGAAAACGUCGUUGCGAUCUACCUAAAUAUGUACCGGAGUGUACUGCUCACAAAGAAACAUAUCAGAAAUAUCAGCAACAUGUACUUUUCAGACCUGUGAAACUGUGUUCUGGUUCUGGCAUUUUUCCAGAUCCAUCAAAUGAAACAAAAUAUUACAAAUGUGUCGACAUUCUAGGAGAAAAUAUACAUUAUUUAACUUCAGUUGACUGUCCAAGCAAAACGAGAUUCAACCCACAAAUCAAUAAGUGUGAUUUAAAUUAUCAUUACAAACGCAAUCACUACAGCCAUGUGUUGGGAGCAUGCAAUACGGAUGAAUAUGCCUUCCAUAAGUAUAGCUGUCAAAAAUUCUUCAGGUGUUUUGAAAAGCAGUCUCCCGUGGAACUGGAAUGUCUUGAUGGAUAUAUUUUCAAUGGAAAAGAUUGUCAGUUAAUCAAACUAACAAGUUAUUGUGAUUGGGGCGCUCUGAGCGACUUUCUGUAUAAAAAAAAGGAAAACUGAAUUUGUGAUUUGACCCCCAGGGAUAGUAUCAAUAUAUAAUUAUAAAAUAAUUGAUGGAAUACAAGAAUUAUUCUGAUGUAAAUAUAUACAGUGCACCAGUAAAAA